AUGGAUCUUAAAGUUGACAACGAGUCAUUGACGUAUAUUGACAAAGCCUGUCAGGUGUUUGCAAACAGGAUAUCAAAUGACAUUCUGCAUAUCUUGUGCAACGAGGAUAACAUUCUGCCAGUGCUCGAAGUGGAAAUAAAACAAUUGGAAUACUUGAUAACGAGCUAUAUGGAAGAUGAUAGGUUUUCGACUGUGAACUUCCAAAAAAUUCAUUCACGUCUUGGCAGCCUGGUCGGGCAAAAAUUAUGCAACAAUAUAAAGGAAGAAGCGCGGGUGUUUCUGUGUAGCAAAAUAGAAAAUGUGCUCGAUGUCAUCACAAAGAGUGUCGAUUGCUUCUCUUCGGAUGAUGAGGGGCACAAUUUCAUGGAAUGCUCCGAAAAUAGGAAACCGACGAUGUAUAAGAAGCAACUGAUCUGUCUGAUACACUAUGUCUUGAGUGUGCUUUCUCAAAACCUCGAAGUGAAAUCGAACGCCAAAGCUGAGAAUUGUUAUAAAGAGUGGGAGGAGGCUGAGGCGUGUUCGUGUAUUUACCACACGAGAAGAUCCAAAAAGAACAGUUUAUCCAGAAACGGAAGUUUCAAAAAUAGCGCAAGGGCGUUUUCGAAAAAUGACGUAGAUGGCAGAUUAGCAAGAAAACUAUAUUAUGACGAGACUGACUGUGAUCAAAAUAUUGUAAAAAACGGACCAAGUGUGUCGCUGAACACUGUAAAGGAUGUAGAUAUAAGUUCUGACGAAGAUGAGAAAAGUGAUGAAGAAGACGAUCUAGAUCUAUUCUAUACUCCUCCUUCAAGUCCUAGUUUUUUCGAUGACAGCUCAGACUCAGAAGAUGAGUUUAACGAUACACAACUACCAAAGUAUGAUUGUUUCAUAGAAAGUGAUUUCCCUACAAAGCUGGAUUGUGAUGUAUUCAACGCUAUCUGUUAUGCAGACAUAACGUUAGAUAAGGAGAAAUACCCAAAUACUUACAAAUGGUUCCAUAGUAUUAGUUUAUAUUCCAAGGAAGAGAGGGAGCGAUGGCCCAAUCUGAAAGACCAGAAAAUGACCCCUCAUUCCCCGAGUCCUCCCCUGAACUCCAGUCACUGCACUGACUCUCCCAAAUCGUCGACAACUUCCAGAAAUUGGUUGAGGAUAACCGGUGCCAACUCUCCGAAGACUGCUUUGCGUUCAUCACCCUCCAGAUUUGAGGUAAUCAAGUGACAUUUUGCAAACGUGAACUAUCCUCAGACUACGAUGCUUCAGUCGAUAAAACUAUGUUAGAUUUAGUUACAGGGUGUAAAGUGCUGGAAAGCUGCGUAAUGCCUCAAUUCUUUGUUUUGAUUCCAGAGUGAGUUUGUUAUCCGAGUAUUAGAAUUGAUCAAUCUGGUCAACCGUUAACUUUCCUGUGCCCUCUUACUACUAAUACUUAUCAUUAGAGGCAAUUCCUUGAUGUCCGAUUUAAACGUCGCACAUGAUUUCCGGCGGACUUGACUAAAUAUUUGAUGAUUUGAAUGAUUUCAAUUCGUCCAGUUAAGUCUUGUUCUGUUUCUACUGGAGUUUCGUAAACCAAAGACUUUACAUGUCCCGACAGGAACGGUGUAUUCAGGUUGGAGGAAGACAUUUUAAACAAUUGUUGUGAUGAUAUCAUGUACAAAAGCCAAAAAUUAAAUGCAUUAAAUCCUAUUUCGGCAAUUCAUCGUAUUUCUAAAUUUUAACGCGUCGUAGGGCCGUAGUGCCGUAGUGUCACACUUUUCCGGAUGUGGGUCCCUAUACUCAAACGUUUUCUACUGUUACAGUGAAUAACCCCUAGAAGUUUGAUCCCUUAGUUCUGAAACACCCUAUACUAUAAAAAGAAAAAUGGAAAGGCAAGUAGAUAGGGAGAAAAUAUGCAAUCACAAAAUUAUCUGCCGAAAAAUUUAGGACUCUAACUAGAACAGUUGAGGAGAUGCGAGUUGUCAAAUAUAGGCCUUUUAUUCGAUAAAUUGUCCAAUAUCUCAACAAUUUGGAAAUAAAACCGGAGGAUCUAUAAAAAUCUGCAAUAAAAUGAAGGUCUUUCCAUUUGAAAAAAAAUUAUAUUUGGGUAGUUACAAAUCACACUGUAGAGAUGAAAAUAUUUUCCAAAUAAAUGGCAUACUGUCUAUUACAAUUUUUGUAAUUAAUUUUUUUUAGAUACUCACACUGUAUAUUAUUUUUUGUUUGAUUUUCUAGGAUUUUUUCAGUCAGCAAGUUAACUUAUCACUAUUGUAUUGAGGCUAUGUAAUAUUGAAAAAUACUCAUAUUGCAGCUUGAAGAUCGUAAAUUAAUGUUUAACGUUGGCAAGAUUGAAUCAGUUUUAAAAUAUUUUCGAAGGUGGUUUUGAGUAUUCAUAGCCACUGACCGUUUUUUCCACAAACUCAUUUACGUACAAAAUAUAUGACAAAUCUCAUCCACAACUUGUGGCAACUUCUAGUGAUGUCGCUGUGGUCUAAUAAGCGCCAGCUUUAAAUAUCCUUACCUGAAAUGAAAAUGCAUUUUGAUAUGAGACGUUACCAGCCUUUCCACCUCACAUAUGCAGUGAUCUAGGCUAAUUAUAUCUUUCAUACUUUGCUAUUUUUGUAGAACGCGAUUGAACUGAAGUGUAGAUAAAUAGAUUCCAGCGUGUAAUAUUUAGUGUUUAAGGAUGCUAGAAAAUAUACAGUUUGUUUUGAAUAAUUUGAUUUCACUUACUCUGUUCCAAAAGUAAUGCAAUUGAAGACACAAAUGUCACAAAAUCAUUGUAUGGAGACAAUUGACUUUAACCAUUUUUAUUGCGAUUUUUUACAUAUAGAAAUUUUAAAUAUUUAGUUUAAUGAUUUAGUUAUCAUCUUGUUUUUGAUACAAAGUAAUUACAGAAUCAAAGAACCAUCAACCGAUCAAAUUUUGAGUAAAUUGUAAAAAACCGCUAAAAAGGGACAAACACUCGCAAAAAACUGUACUUAAACGAAACAUUUUUUUCGACCUAGAUCAGAGAUAUUUCUGAAGUAUUUCAACAUGCUGAAUACAAAUCUGAAGUCGAUUCAGCUCGUAUACCCUCCAAAUUUUGAGUAAACUGAAAAACAUGACAAAUUGCCAGUAGCGAAAAUCGGUAGAAGGUUCCGGCGCAAAUCAGCUGUAGAUCAAGGGCCUUUCCGUCACACAGCGACUACCAUGAAAAAAGUAUAUUUUAAUAAAAUAGUUUUUAAUUCUUAUAAAAGAAAUAACUUCUUUAUUACAAUUAAUACUUGGCGCUCUUCAAACUCUUUUGCAACCAUACUGGACACUCCUUUCCCCAUUCUUCCCCAUUCUGAAUAUUUUUCAAUUUUACCCUGAACUUGAAGCCUCAUCACCUGACAUCUUAAUUUUAUUAAAUUUAAAAAAAUAUAUUUAAUUAAAAAUAAUAAUCAAGCUUUGGUUUCCUUAUUCCUUAACCGAAACCAAUACAUGGAAAGUAGAGCAAGGAUUGUGCUUACAUAAUUAUAGGGGACUCAAGUCUCUUGUGUACCCGACUGCUAAAGUUUAUGCACAUGUAUGACUGAUGAUUGGGGAAUGAAACAACCUAGACUACAUAGAAAUUAUUUUUUAGCUAUAUUUUUGGAUCUAGCUCUUUUGCGGUAAAACAUCUGUAAGUAUCUAAAUCGUUCUGAAAAAUCGUGGAAAACGAGGUCGUUUUCAAUAUUUCAGUAACUAAGGUCCAAGAGGUCCGAUCGCGUUCCAACCAAUUCAAUCGCAUUACUUUUGGAACGUACCAUGUAUUUUACUAAUCUCAUCUCGUUUUUAACUCAUUUUUGCAUCAAUUUAUUGUUACAAUUAUAUUUGAGCAUCAGUGAAAUCAGAUGAGUAAUAGCAAAAUACUUAUAUUUCGUUAAUUUAAAUCUGUCCAUAUAUAAUUAUAUUUAAUGUACUAUUAUGUUUUGAAGUCCCGGGUGCUUAAGAAAAAUAGAUCUCUGUUUACUAACGCGUAUAUAUAAAGUCACAAAAAAUACUUAAAAAUAUACAUACGAACAAAAAGAUAAAACAUAAAGCAUCUGCUCACAGUGUCCACCAUCCUCUCGAAGACAGGCUCCUAUACUUUUCUAUAUAAUUCCGUUAAUAGCAUCUGUGAUACGCACUUUUAGGGCUGGGAUUGAGAUGGGUGGGUUCUGAAAAACUCUGUCUUUGACGUAGUUAGUCCCAUGAAUAAAAAUCUGGAGGCGAUAAAUCAGGGCUACGUGGUGACGAAAUGAUGCGGUCUCGAAAAAAUUCGCAUUGUCGAACUAGCGGUGGGAGCUGUGGCCCCAUCUUGCUGAAACCAGCAAUAACGUUCCUCCGGCUCCAAAGACGCAAUAAACAAUUCGAGGACGUGUUGAUAUCGCUACGCAGUGAAGAAGAAGAGUCCAACAACUCGUGCGCGCACCAUAUCCCAAUUUUCUGGGAGCGUGACACUUUUUCCACAUAGACAUGAGGAAUUUCCACUUCCCCAUAGAUGGUAAUUCUGUGCGUUGACAUAACCGUCUAAAUGCAUCGAAGCCUCAUAAGAGAUGAAGACUGUAUCCAGUUUAUCUAUACCACCGCGAACAAAACAAAUGUUCUGCUGUUCCACGUCUUAAGCUUACGAAGCUAGAGUAUCUAUUUUUCUUGAACACCCGGUAUUAUAUGUUUAUUUGGAAUUGAUGCCCUGUAUAUUUUCAUGUCACUGACACUCUGCUAAUCAGUAACAACUACACAUGGUUUGUUUUUAUAAAGAUUGAUGACAUUAAAUAGGUCAGUAACAUUUUUUUUUAAUAACGUGCUUGAGUAUGCCUGUAGAAUAGUUUCUUUUAUAGUGUAUUUAUUUACCAUUUGUUUACUGAGUUUGAUUAACUGCAAUAAUAAUAUUGUUUCUUGUACAUACAUUUGUGUAGCAUUUAUUGAGGUUCAAAUAAUUUACUGAGAGAUGCUUGUGAUUCCAAGGAAGUGCACAAAAAACGAAUAUUUUACGAAAUCUGACAUCACAUCAUUGACGUGUUGCAACGUGUUUAUUUUUUAAUGUGCUUCCAAUCAUUAAUCUUGUAUCCGUUUUUUUUUAUUAAAAAUGAUUACAUAUUUUAACUUUUCGUCUCAAGCCUCACAAUGUUUCAAGUUAUUAUAUUGGCAAUCUUUAUGCACACGAGAAUAAACAGUGUGUUCCUUAAUGACAUGCUAAUAUUCAAGGAGGUGAUGCCCCAUUUUAAGAAAAACAUUCAUACGAACGCAUGACCUAAACUUUUGAGAUAAAGGGUGGUGAUGUUUUCAGAAAAAAAAAUCUGCAACUGUGAUACAAUUAUAGAUAUCAUUAUGAAACUUGGUAUACAUAUUCUAUGCAUCAAGGAGCAUUUUUUGAUAUACAUACAAUUUUAUUAUUUCUACUACUGCUUUUUCUUUAAAUUUUUGAAAUCUUCAUUUAUUUCCGUAUAAAUUUGAUCUCUAGAUUUUCUUUCGCCCGAUAUAUGGUUUUUGCUUGAAAAAAUAAAAAUCGUUUUACUUCCGGGUCCCUGCGACUGCUGUGCCAAAAUCAGAAUUUCUUAAAAUAUUUUUUCUUAUCGGAUUUACGGUUUUUGAUAUUAAACCAAGUCAGUAACAAAAAAGGAAGAAAAAAAAAACGAUUUGUACAUAUCAGCUACCGCAUCAGAUUUUUAGCGAUUUGACCCUGAAGUGAAACGAUUUUUAAUUUUCAAGAGAAAACCAAGCAACGGACGAAAGAAAAGUGAAUGAAGAAUUCAAAAAUAGUUCAAUCAAAGAGAAAGUAGUGGCGACCAUUUUUUUCUCCAAAAAUGUUCAAUGCAAAACCCGUGCGGACGCCACUGGUAAUAAUAAUUUUUUUGUUCAUCGGAAAAUGCACCUUGAAGCAUAGAAGAUGUGUACCAAAUUUUAUAUAGAUCAAAGUUAUUAUGAAAUACGUAUUUUUUCUGAAAACUUUAUCGAGCUGUAUCUCAAAGUUAAAGACAUUUAUGACAUACGUCCAUAUGAAUCUUUUCCUCAGGAUGGGUUUGAGAAUCACCUUCUUGAAUAUUAGCAUGUCAUUAAGGAUCACCCUGUAUACAUUUCCAGUUAAACUAUAGAGAGUCUUUUCACGGUUUUUGGCGGGCAUACUAAAACUACCGGUUUUUCUACAUCCAUCUCCCACACCCAUGCAUAUGCAAUCUUCCUCUGAGGACGGAAGAGUAUGUAAGCUCAGACAUACGUUCUUUACUUUCCUCUCGCCAUCUCGAAAAUGUUCUCGCCAACGUAUGAGUAUUCCGAAUUUAUGCUUGUCACUGUCAGUGUGGCAGCCCACUUGACAUGGGCAUACCAUUUUGAGUUUGCCAUCUAUGGAUUUUCGUAAUAAAAGACAGCAAUACCCGAAAAUACAACUAAUGCUCAAUAUCGAUGGUUCUUGACAGAAUUAUUUCAGUAUUAAUUGAGAUCUGUUUGCCCAGUGUGCAAAGGAGCUUCAGCUUCGCACAUGAUUCAGUUAGGUUUGCUUACUAAUUUCGCAUUGAUGACGUAACCACCAAUACCAUGGAAAGAACUUUACAGUUCUUUUCCAGGUUUUUGGCGGGUCACAGUAGAACUAUAGAAAUUACUUUGCCCUAAUUGACUAUUUCACCAUUCUGGCGACGUUUUCUU